UUUACACCAAAUUUACUGGAAGUCGUGCCACUAAGGAUUGACAGAGACACGUGCUACCAGCAAGACGGAUACCUGGUGCACUAUGCUCGUUCUGUUAGGGAAUAUCUUGAUGCGAAAUACCCGAUCUGAUGGAUAGUGUGGUCUGGUACAAUUUCGUGGUCACCUGACUUGAAUCUACUAGAUUUUGUUACUGGGGAGCGGUGAAGAAAAAAGUUUACUCCCUCGUUUUCGGUUUGACGUCGACUUUUGGGACAUACAAGUUUAAUAAAAAGAAGGUAGCUGUUGCAUUAUCUCACCCAUACCACCCAUUCAAUGUAAAAAGAUAAUUUUCUUGAAUAUAUUUUUUACCUUUGUUUUGUUUCCGUUUUUAUUAGCAAAUAUUUAUCGCCAGUCGUCGACAUAUACUUCUGCCAGAAAUGUGAUUAUUUUAACCAACCAGUAAGUCUUCCUAUGUAUUAGCAUUGCAUUUAUAAUUUUUUUCUUUUUCAACGUGUUUUGGUGUUUUAAUUUUUGAAGCCUUUGCUUGGUUAUAGAAAAUCACGUGUACCUGAAGAUGGCGUUUAGCCUGUUGUAUUUUUAAUAAGCGUUUUAAGGGACUGAUUCCCACGAAUUUAAAACUUGAAUUCAAUAAGCAACUUUCGUCUACGAUAUACCUGAGCGCCAAACCCGCACGCCACUGGCUAUCGACGCCGACGUCGGAGGUCGGUGCAUCAGAUCAUAUGCUGACGACGCCCUUAAUAUUUUAUAUAUCGUAAGAGUUCAUGGGUUAACACUGAUAAAAGUACGUAAUAUUUUUCGUAGUUAUCCCAAUUUGAAAAUAGUAAACAUUCCAAACGUACUCAGAAACAAACUAGGAACGAGUGAACUUUAUCUCAUAUGGGCUAAUUUAGACUUUUUAAAGCAAAAAUGAAACUUUGUGCAUCUGUAACUUUGUAUACAAAUCGUACUAAAUUUUUACAAACUCCUAAUAUAUGCUGAGCAUUGACGAUGUGAUAAAAGUUAUAGAACGACAUUUAUAUUUCUGGACAAAUACAAAAGCACCAAGGCAAAUCUGGUACUCAAAAUAUAAAUGAGAUGGCCAAAUGCUUUUCACCAGAGUUAAAUUUUGGGGCUUGGUGUUACUAUUAUUCAUCUACCUCAUAGGGGUGUUACUGUUAUCAGCAUUGUCACUCAACGAGUCCAAAAGUACUGCAAUCAACAAGGGCAGUUCAACGUUUACUAAACACCAAAUAUCGAAACUGAAAAAUUUCGAAUACGGACUAACAGGCUUUAAAGCAGCCUUACGUAGGUCCAAAAUAAAUUGGUGCACGGAUCUUAAGUACCAAGAUCCUCCAGGGGAAACCAUUGCAUUAGCUUCUUUCCCUGGAAGUGGAAACACUUGGUUAAGAUACCUAUUGCAACAAGCUACAGGAAUAUAUACUGGGUCGGUCUACAAAGACUACGGAUUAUUGAAGAACGGUUUUCCAGCGGAAAGCGUACUGAACGGUUCCGUACUGGUCGUGAAGACCCACGAAUGGGGCCCUAAAGCUAGGAGCAGAUUUACGAAAGCUUUGCUCUUAGUCAGAUCACCCGCCGCGGCGAUUCAGGCGGAAUUCAACAGGCAGAGUGGCGGACAUAUUGGAUUCGCCUCGCCUGAUCGGUUCAAGAGAUUGAAAGGUCGAUAUUGGCAGCAAUUUGUAUCUGACAAACUACGCGGUUGGCAGCAAAUGAACUUGGACUGGUUGUUCAACUUUACCGGGCCCACCCACGUAAUCUUCUACGAACAACUGGUUGACGACGUCCCACACACGAUGCGUGGAGUUCUUGACUUCAUCGGUGUUCACGUGGACCGGGAAUUAUUCAGGUGCGCCAUGGAUCGCAGAGAAGGUAUCUACAGGCGGAAGAAACGUGUUCUAAAUUUCGACCCUUACACGAAGGAAAUGAAGGAAAAACUGAGAGAAGCUCAGCAAAAGGUAUACGAAGCUAUAUACAACUUUGCUGCACCAGCUGCUAGGUGAUACCAAACCUUGACCUAGAAAUAAGCUCUCAUAUGGUUGUAAACAAAUCCUGAUCGAAAAAAUGGUACCUUUAUAAUCAAUAUACAGUAUGUUACCACUAGUACUAUACAACUUGAGCCUCAUAGCGGGUAUAAAUAGCAACACACGUGGCUGGAACUGGCUUAGGUGAGCUGGGAAUAGGAUAAAUCAUGACGAUUUUUCUGCGCAAAAGGGUGCUUUUAAGGCAGAGGUAGAAUUACAUAUAGGUAUGAGUAUACAGAUGUUCCUAUAGUGUCUAACGUAUACGUUAGAUGAGUAUCACGAGACUCGAAUUUUAUUUUUUGUUCAUUACACGAAAUGAAAAAAAAAUGCCAAAUUUUUGAAUAGCUUGCAGACAGUGCAUUUCGAGAAUUUUAUAGUACUUGACUUUUCGAAAGCCAAACGGGGAUUUUUGCUAAAUUUGGCUUUGUGCCAAAUCUUCGAAUAUUCCUUUGGUCGAUAAAGAAAUGAUUUUUCAUUGAAUAUUUUAUAGUUUCGGUAUAUUUUGAAGCCUAUUUUUCUUGAGUAUUUUCUACCACUGAAAUUAAUUUGAAAACAUAACAUAAUGGUAAAAAAAGUGUCAAAAGUAGUACCAAUAUACCGAUAAAUUAUUGUAAAACUGCGUAAACAAACUGUAGGUGUAUACAUAAAAUACGAAUCAUCAUACACGUAUGCAUGCAUGAAAAAAAAAAAACGCCAUUGAUACAAGCAUUGGUGAUAUUUGUGUAACACUUUAUUUGUAUACAACCUGGUGCGUAUACAGGGUGAUUCAGAGAAACGUGGCGAUAUUUCUAGGGCAGCAAGUAAAUAAAACAACAGUAGAAGUUUCUAUGAACACAGGUCAAAAUACAGGGUGUUGUAAAUUUCGAUUCAAUGAUGAGACUAAAUAAUGACAAAACAAAUAAUGCUAUGGUCGAAAAUAAAUAUUCUUCUAAUACACUACAUACACUUUUCAAUGUGAAACUUCAAAAACAUAGAUUUAAGUUUUUUAUACGGAUUUUUACCUCAAGCAUUCAGGACCAAUUCUUCACUAAAUGGAGUUGUUUAACAAAAAUUGCUCAAAAGAAGCGAUUCGUGUAAAAUUGAAUUCCUUAUUCAAAAAUGCGAUAGAUGUUGCAAAAUAUGGCGUAAUUUUGUCUUACUUCCUACGCCCCUAGGUGAGGAAGUAUUGUUAAAUAAAACAAGAUGUUAUGGUUAUGUCACUCAUUUCCGUCUGUCAGUCUGUCGGUUUGUCGGUCUUCCUUGGAUCGACUGUAACUUGGGAAGUGCACUAUGCCAAGGAAAAAAGCUUUAUAGUUUUUGAAAAUCGAUCCAGUGGUGGAGGAGCUAGGAGCAAAAAAGUAAGAAAAAAUAGCCCAAACUCCUUUUUCUAAUGUUUCAUGUGAUACUCAUCAUUUUUAAGUAUAUAAAAAAAACAUUUGUUAGGUGGACUCUUCCGUUCGUCUUCCGGUGUGGUUGGCGCUGACGUCACAGUUCACGUCAAGCACAAGUUCAAACAAAAUGCGGCGUUGCCAAUGCGCCAACGUUAUGAAUCGGGAUGGUGCGUAUACCAGACAAGAGUUCGAUAUAUCGUAUUUGACAUUACUACAUUACAAAAUCUUAACACAAUCCGAAACAUUAAGAUUUUUUCGUUUUAGAAAUUAAAACUUCAACAUGUUUCUCGGUAAGGGAUACUUUCACAUUUUAGGAUUUUUAAUCAUGUUAUUUUUGGACCUACUUUCUAUCCCGGAAAUGUCGCCACAAUUUUCUAGAUCACCGUGAAUAAAUUCCGGGUAUUGUUAGGUUAUAAAUGCUUUAACUAUUAUUAUACGAGAUCGGUAAAUUAUGUGAUGAGACUGAUUACUUUUUAUUUUUUUAUUCAAAUAUAAUUAAAAUUGUAUAUUGUCACCCUCAAAAUAACUUCCUUCUGAAGCAUUUCAGCGCUGGAGACGGUUCUUCCACUCCUAAUAGGAGUGCUGAAACUCCAAUAUUGAAAUAGCCGUCAAAUCGCCACUUUGGCGAAAAAUCGCUACGCUUGGCAACACUGGCCGGAUCACAUGUUCCUUGCGCCUCCAGUGUUGCCAGAUCGAACGCUACGUUGCCAGUCACGUCACUUAAUUUACAGACCUCGUAUAUAGCAGUUUCUUUUACAUAGAAACUGAGCUUUGUGAUAUUUUUUUGUAGUCAUUAUUUAUUUAAGUAAAAUAAUGCCAAAGAAGCUGUGCGAAACAGAUCCAUCAAAUAGUAUAAUUUUUCAUAAUGUUGUGUUGUUAUCUUUGCUCAAUGUUAUUUUAAAGUUGUUAUUUAUUCGAUAUUUAUAUUUGUACUUACGUAAGGAAUACGAAUCAGAAGGGCAAUCAUAAUAUCGCUAGGAACUGAGAUUUGUUGUAAAUAUAUGUAACAUGUAACGAAGUGUUGUUGACAAUUCAUAAUAAAUGUUAUGUAUACAAAAAAGAGUACUGGUUAUUUUAACAGUUACAGAUUUAAUCUGUAACUAAUUAAAAUAAUGCUUUCUCUUACUGUACAUACGCUUUUUGAAUAAACUUGAAUGAAGGAAUUCACAGAAA